AUGGCGGCUAAACCACAGGAUCACGAGCGGCCGACCGUCCUCAUUACAGGCUGCUCAGCAGGAAGUGCAGGCAAUGCUCUCGCGCUGGAGUUCGCAGCCCGAGGCUUUUGCACAUUUGCAACCGCUCGCUCAAGAAAAGCUUUGUCUAACUUAGAGGAGAAGGGUAUCGAGACUUUCAUACUCGAUGUCACAAAGCCAGAGAGUAUCACUGCAUUGAAGGACGAGAUAGUGCAGCUUACUGGAGGCACCCUCAAUAUCCUCUUCAACAAUGCGGGCACACUGUACGAAGCACCCGCUAUCGAGGCAGACCGAGCACGAGUCCGGAGCCUAUUCGACACCAACGUGUUUGGCUUGUUCGACAUGGUUACAGCAUUCACUCCACUCCUGCUCGCCGCCGUGCCCUUGUCAAAACAGCCCCCCACCAUCGUGAACACUGCCUCUGUUCUAGCACGCCUGCCAUCUCCUUUCUCCUCGGCCUACAACGCAACCAAGGCAGCAGUUGCCUCAUACUCGGACACUCUCAGGCUUGAGGUAGAGCCGCUGGGAUUGAAAGUCGUGACAUUGUACAUGGGCGAGGUUUCGACCCCGCUGAUGUCCGCGGACAAUAUCAAUUUCGGCUCGGAUAGUAUUUAUGCCGACGUGGAACACAAAGUCAAGGAGAGGAGUCUGAAACAUGAGAAGACAACAAUGAGUCCUACUGAGUUCGCACGUCAAGUGGUGCACGCUCUUGAUGGCAGCGGGAACAGCUACAUCUGGAAAGGUACAAAUGCAUUUGUGGUUUGGUUCCUGAAUGCCGUAGGUGGCAAGAAGGUCUUUGACAGCACGAUGAAAAGUGCCGUGGGCUUCAACGAUGCCACGUUGAGGAGGAACCUCCACCAAAAGGGCCAAGCUAAGCAUGGACAGUCUCUUAAAUGA